AUGGAGAAGCGGAACCGAUCUGAUCUCAUGUUUGUCAAGAAUAUUUCGUGGGUGAUUCGGUAUAAGCUGAACGAAAGUACUCAUUUUCUGAACGGUGUAAAGGUCUGUUCGGAGUUCAGAGAAAAGGGAAGCAAAAGAAACAAAGGAAUCUCUGGAGGUGGGGCCGAUGCAACGUGUUGUUGUAGGUGCAAGUGUGAGGAAUUGCGACCGUAGACCUAUGAGAGCACUCGGCAGAUAAAGUGUUUAAAGUGAGCCUCGAAGUGAUUGGGGUGGCCGGGAGAGGCCGACGACAGCCGCCUCGCUCGUGCCGACAGGUAGCUUGGCCGCUUGCCAACACCUUUUGCACGUCGUCUGCUCCAGACCACUCCUUCGGCCUUCCUCUAACCUAAUCAAUGUCUACUGA